GCAGCGACCCUCCCUCCCGCCCGGCCGGCCGGCAGCCAGCGCUGAUCACAGGCCCGGACACAGUGCCGCUCAUCACCGCACCCAGCGCCUCCCCGCCCGGCACAGCGCUCUCACCCGGGAUUGAUGUUGGGGAGAGGAGCUAAACGCAAGUUUAGUGAGAAUGACGCUGGGCUGGAAGGCAAAGGGUGUUGUGGUCCGGGCCCAUCCCGUGUGUCGUACACACUGCAGAGACAAGCCAUCUUCAACAUCUCGCUGAUGAAGUUGUACAACCAGCAGCCGCUGACGGAGCCCAGUCUACAGAAGACAGUCCUGAUCAACAACAUGCUGCGUAGUAUACAGGAGGAGCUGAAACAAGAGGGGACUCUGCGACCUGUCUUCAUCACCCCCUCUCAGCCCACGGACACACUGAACGAUAACUACCGUGAGGCGCAGCUUCCCCCCCUCCCCCUGGCCUCCUCCUCCUCCUCCUCCUCCUCCCCCCCAGCCAGCUCCUGCCUCACCCCUGCCUCCCUGCUGGAAGCCGACCCCUUCCCUGCCCCCCUCACCCCACCAGCCACGGGCAAAGCCCCCGCCCCCACGCCCAAGGACAGUUUUUCUUCCGCCUUGGCGGAGAUUGAGGAGUUGUGUCCAGCGCCCGUUGUCGACGGGGUGAGGGGCGUCUCGGCUGAUCCGGGCGAGCUGAGUGGCCAGAGAGAGGUGGAGAUACAGGAGAACAAGCCAUCGGAAGCCAAGUCCGCAGAACCAGCGGCCGGCAGCUUGGAGAUCCCCAACACGGGCUUCCUCACGGACCUGACUCUGGACGACAUCCUGUUUGCGGACAUUGACACGUCCAUGUAUGACUUUGACCCCUGCACCGCGGCCACUGCGCCCAGCCCCAGGGUGACCGCCGUCACCACCGACGAGAUCCUGAAGACACUCUCGCCCUACAGCGGCCAGUCCGUGGCUCCAAGCCAACCCUUCAAAAUGGACCUGGCCGAACUUGACCACAUCAUGGAGGUUCUUGUGGGCUCCUGAUGUGACACAAGACACUCGCACUGGACACCCACCGCUUAUUUACAGAUUCCCUUCAGCCGUUAUAGUUUGCAAAUCCAUGGAGUCCCUGCAACUUUACAAUGAUGCAUGCAUUGUUGCAACUCUACAAUGGUGCAUGCAUGGUCGCAACUUUGCAAUGGUGCAUGCAGUGUUGCGACGUUACAAUGGUGCGUGCAUUGGUGCAACUUUGCAAUGGUGCAUGCAUCGGUGUGGUGGUGGAUGCAUUGUUGCAGCUUUACAGGGGUGCAUGCAU